CGUGGUCCAGUGAAGUGGGAAUGGUGCGGAACGUGGAUGAUCUGGAUUUCUGCCUGGCCUCGCACCCGCAGAGCGUGUUGGAGGGGCUGCGGGCGCUGCGCUCCAACCCCAAGCUCUCAGACGUCACCCUCCUGGUGGGCGGCCGAGAGUUCAUGUGCCACCGCAGUGUGCUGGCCCUCUGCAGCGUCUACUUCCAUGCCAUGUUCAGCGGGGAGUUUGUCGAGAGCAUCUCCGCGAGAGUGGAGCUGAAGGAAUUGGAGCCCGCUGCCGUAGAGAGCCUGAUCGAAUUCGCCUACACAGGCAAGUUGACCAUCAACCAGCAGAACGUGGAAUCCCUGACCCAGACCGCCAACCUGCUGCAGUUCAGCAGUGUCCAGAAAGUGUGCAGCCGCUAUCUCCAGCACCAGAUCGACCCUACCAACUGCCUGGGCAUCUAUGAGCUCGGUGAGCUGUAUGGCUGCCCGGAGGUCAUUGCCAAAGCCCGCUCCUUCCUCCUGGAAAACUUUGAAGCAGUGUCCCAAAGUGAGGAAUUCCUCCUGCUGGGCAGCGAGAGGCUGCUGGGCUAUCUCGGUGCAGAGCUUCUGCAGAUCCAAGAGGAGCAGUCCCUGGUGCAGGCUCUCCUCCGCUGGAUCCGACACGAUGAGGCGCAGAGGAGUCGCCUGCUUCCAGAACUCUUCGAGCUGGUCCACCUGCCCCUGCUCUCCGUGGAAUAUCUGAGAGACCAGCUUCUGCCUGACAAGCUCAUCCAGGAGUGCGAGCCCUGCAGGAGGCAGAUAGAGGGCUUUCGCAGCAAGACUGAAAAAGAGGGAUCUGCUUGGCAAAGACAUGACCCUGGCCUCAAAAAGCUGCAGGAGGUCCUGGUGGUGGUUGGAGGACGGGCAAUGGAUGAUUUUGAUGAUGAAGAUGAAGAUAACCAGAUGCUGUCACAAAAUUGUGCUUUUUACAACAUCAGGAUGAAGCGCUGGUCUGUCCUUCCUGACUUCCCGGAUCACUACAAAUGGGGAUUCUCCGUCACAGCCUUGAACAAUGACAUCUAUGUUACUGGAGGUUCCAGAGGCAGCAAGACUGACACAUGGUCAACAACCCAAGCUUGGAAAUUCCAUUCCAAAGAAGGCAGCUGGAAACCCAUUGCCCCAAUGUUGAAGUCCAGAACCAACCACGCUACUGCAGCUUUAAAUGGAGAACUCUAUGCUGUUGGAGGUACGACACUAGAUGUGGUGGAAGUGGAACAAUAUGACCCGUACAAUGAUAGCUGGGCCCUGAUUGACCCCAUGGUGAAGUAUGUCACUAACUUCACUGUCACAGGCUGCAUGGGAAAACUCUAUGUGAUUGGUUCAUGUGCAGCCAAGUACAAUGUUCUGACCCUGCAGUGUUAUAAUCCUGUCACAGAUAACUGGAGUGUUGUUGCCUCUCCAUUCAUUCCCAAGUACCUCUCGGCUCCCCGGUGUGUCGCUGUAGAUGCUAUGGUUUAUUUAAUCGGAGACAACACGAAGAAAGUCUAUGCAUACGAUUCCGAGGCCAACAUGUGGCAGAAGGUCCAGUUGCUCCAUAGGCUCCAUGAGAAUGGCGGCAUGGUGGUUGUUGCUGGGAAGAUUUAUGUUACUGGCGGUCACUGGAAGGGGAUGGAAGGAGACUACAGUGUGGAAUUAGAGGUGUAUGAUUGUGCCAAGGACAUGUGGACUGUGGAGGGCUCCCUGCCGCGUCCCUGGCUUUAUCACGGGUCUUGUUCCAUUUUUGUUGACACAUCAAGAUGGACUGAAGUAUUUCCGGACAUCAACACCUAGAGAAACCCACUUGUAACUCUUCUUUGUCCAUGCAGCCAACUGUGGAGACUGCCUGCACAACACAGCACAGCUCACACAAUGACCAGUUAGUGGAAAAAAGGAGAAUAUAACUUGCUCUCCAAAAUGGGCUGCACUUGCUCUUUAUUAGCAGCUUCACCUUCGAUAGUCUGAGAGGUUUGUUUUCUAGAAAGCCUCCCCUGGAGGCCAGGUAUUCAAUGAAGCAAAUGGACUGCGUUGCAGGAUCAAGCUCAAAACUCAAAAUGUCUGGCAUCCAACAUGAUCAAGCUUAUUCACAAGUUGUGCUUAUUGGAUUGGGUGUCAGCAUUCAGUUAUGGCAUGUGAAAGAAAUAAAUUAUUCAAUAUAAGUGGUCUGUUGGCAACCCAUAAACAAUGAUGUAAUCUGACAAUGGGCUCCAGAUCAGGCCUCUUGACAUUUAUUUUGAGCUGUCAUCACAACUCUUCAGAUCAGAUUAGUGCAGAUGACAUCAAAAAUACUCACUACCACAAUCACCUUAACCUUGAAGAGUGAAGCUGAGCAAAUAAUAGGUAGCAAUAUUCUUUUUUAUAAAUGCACAUUAUGUUAUUUUAUCUGCAGUAAUAUAACCUUAUCCGCUUAGUGCCAACACGUGAACCUGUAAGGACCCUCCCAGUCACUUUAACAGCUGUUCAAGUUCAAGGAUCUACCUAGAAAUGGAAAUGACCUUCAAAACACAUCAUAAAAUAAUGGAAAACAAAACAAUGGGUGAACAUUGCGUGGAGUGGUGAGUUUUGCCUCCAGUAUAGUAUCUUUAUCUGAUGUGGCCAGGUUUUAUGUUAUCCCUCAUAACAUAUUGAGCAGGUAUUGAAGGAUCCAAUAAAUAUAGAUUAUUACAGCUGGCUAUUAUAUGCAAACUCUACAUUCACAGAUGUGGAAGUGCCAGUGUUAGACUGGGAUGGAGAAAAUCAGAAGUCACAGGACACCAGGUUAUAGUCCAACAGCUUUUUAAAAAUCAUAAGCUUCACCUGACAAAGGAGCAGUGCUCUGAAAGCUUGUGAUUUCAAAUAAAAUAGUUGGACUAUAACCUGGUGUUGCGUGACUUCCGACUACAUUCACAGACGCCUCAGUGUCUAGGUUAGUAAUAAGUGAUAGAAGCAGCAUGUUUCCAUUGGCUAUUAUAUAUAAUUAUUGUUACAGAUAAUUAUUGAAUUCACAGAUGUACCUGAGCAACUAUUAAGUUGAGCAACAAACUUUUAUUAAUAUGUCAUGCUUUGUGAUCUUAGUUAAGACUGAGUAUGCAAUCUUUUUACUCUUAGAUUACAAGUGAUGAUACCAUGACCAUGUCUCUUAAAGGUAUUCUGACGUACUGACCAUGAAAUACAGCACAACAUUAAGGGGGUACAAUCCAACAGAGUAAUGUCCUUCCAAGGAGAGCUUGAAAUAGGGUCAUCGAGUCAUAAACACACCCUUUGGUCCACACUGACCAGACAUCCCAAUCUGACCUAGUGCCAUUUGUCAGCAUUUGGCCCAUAUUCAAUUCAUUCAGAUGUCUUUUAAAUGUUGUAAUUGUACCAACAUCCUCCACUUACUCUGGCAGGUCGUUCCAUAAACAUACCACCUUCUGUAUGAAAACAUUGCCCCUUAAGUCCCUUUUAAUUUUUUCCCCCCUCACCUUAAACCUAUGCCCUCUAGUUUUGGACUCCCUUACCUUGGGAAAAAAAGACCUUGAGUUUUCACCAUACACACGUCUCCCAUGAUAUUACAAACCUCAAUAAGGUCAAAAUUGCUUACUCACAUUUAAUUAAGAUUAAAACUAAAGAAAGAAAACUUAUUCUGGCCCUCAAAGCAUUACUUUUCUCUCCAUUUAUGUUAGCAACAUCAAGCUGUUACCCUUUAUUUUAAAUUGAUCUUCAUUUUUGUUGCCAUCGUUACGAGAUAUUGACAAGUAGCACCAUCUCCUGGCCAAACUUGGAAUCACAUGAACUAUCAUGCUCGAUUAUGCAGGCCUUUAGCUUCCUGAAGAAGGGCUCAAGCCCGAAACGUCGAUUCUCCUGCUCCUUGGAUGUUGCCUGACCUGCUACGCUUUUCCAGCAACACAUUUUCAGCUAAAAAAAAGUCUCAAUGUUUUGAUAAGGCGCAACACUGUGGAUACAAUAUUCAGCUCAACAAUUGCAGACAGUUAGACAUGGAAUCACAGAAUAGCUACAGAACAAAAAGAGAUAGUUUGGCCUAUUAUGCCUAUGCUUGCUUUCUCCAAGACCAAUUCACUGCGUGUCACUCUCCUGCCUUUCAUACAGCUGUGCAGAUGAUUCCUCUUCAGAUUACAAUCCAGUGGUCCCAUAUUGGACAUAAACCAUUGAUAAUGAUGUUGCUGCUCUCGCUACACCUGGCCCGUAUUUGGGUUUCUUUAGUUGUCCUUUUGCCAUCUUCUUCUGCCUGACAGCAUCUUUUUUUCUCUAACUUAAUCUCCCUGCUUUUCCACUUGUUGGGGAACUUCCUCUCU